AGACACCUGAAACAAUGGGAAAUAAAGCGCGGGCUUUCCACACGGUUGGCGUUCCUAUGUGAACUGGAGUACAAGGGGAGACCCCCAGUUUUAUACACGGGGGGAUAUCCACGCGGAUCAUCCUCGUACUGGAGAAGGAUCCGUGCCCGACAGGAAAUGAAUCUUUGUAGGCGUAGGCGAGCUCUCUAUAUAAGCCAGCUAUAACGCAAAACGUCACUAUAAUUCAGCAUUCCGCACGGUGCUUCAGUUUUCUGAAUAUCUUCCAACAGUAUGGAUAGAGUGGUGCGACAGUUAACUCUCGCCCUCAUGGUGAGCAUAGGAAUUGUGCAAUGUGAACCACCAUUGAAUACCCAAUACGGUGUCCCAGGGAAUUAUGCUGGAAGCAAUAACAACCAUGGAACGUCUGGUGGAAAUGGUCUUAGUAAUCAUCAUUACGACAAUGGGAACGAUAAUGAUUACGUCGAUCAGCCAAUGUCCUACGAAUUCGGAUAUGCAGUGAAAGACCAAGCAACCGGAAAUGAUUUUGGCAGACGCGAGAGCAGUGAUGGGGAAACUGUAAGAGGAGAAUACAGAGUUCAGUUACCAGAUGGCAGGACACAAAUUGUGACUUACACUGCUGAUUGGAGGACAGGUUUCCAUGCAGAUGUAAGAUACGAGGGUACACCAACCUAUCCUGAUCAGUACAACACUCAGAACAAUGGUUAUAAUAAUAAUAAUAAUAAUAACCAGGGUGGUGGCCAAGGAUUUGGCUUCCAUGGUAAUAACGGAGGUGGAGGAUACAACGCAGGCAAUUUAGGUAAUAAUGGAGGCUACAAUUACCAAGCACCAAGUGGAAGCUUCAACAAUGGUAACAAUUAUCCCUACCGAUUUGGUUCCAACUCGUUGGACAACAGUUAUAACAACUUUGGAGCUCGCAAUAACUAUAAUACGCGGACUCCAUCGACGACGUACGGGCCAGCCUUUAAGAAGUGACUUUAGUACAAUUCCUAUUGUUAGCAUAGGAUAAGAAGCGUCCGUCCUGUAAGAUUAGCAAUUUUGUAAUAAAAACUAUUUUAUCUUUUUA